GUUAGGUUGGCGGCUUUGACGUUGGGCUGAUGGCGGUUCACGCCGGUUCCGGGGUCCGCGCGCUGCUGUUUGACUUGGACGAUACCCUGAUAGCGACCACCAGAGCCAGUCACACCGCGGAGAGAGAGGUUAAAACCCUUCUAAAAUUUAAAUAUCGUUAUGAAGAUUCUGCUGCGGACACAGUGAUCCAGAAGUUUAAUACCAAAUUAAAGCAGCAUUUCGAGUCCUCUAUGAAGCAAGACGUCAAAAAGCUCAGACAAUUACACUUCGAACAGGCUAUACAAGAAACCAAAGGAGGUGAACCAGAUCCCGUUUUAGCCUCUGAAUGUUAUUCUCUUUGGAGAAAUACACGGCUCCAACAUAUCCACUUCACAGAUGAAGUGAAGGCUAUGCUGACUGCACUUCGGCAGUCUUACAAGUUGCUUUUAUUAACCAAUGGGCCUGCUGAGGUACAGCGAGAAAAGAUUGAGGCCUGCUCUUGUCAGCAAUAUUUUGAUGCAAUUAUUGUAGGUGGUGAAUAUCCGGAGCAGAAACCAGCUCGUUCCAUAUUCCAGGAAUGUUGGAACAUCUUGGGAGUGAAGCCUGAGGCCUGUGUGAUGGUUGGGGACAAUCUAAACACUGACAUCCAAGGAGGUGUGAACGCAGGUCUCUGUGCAACUAUCUGGAUAAACCCAACCAAUCAAAAGCCUAAAGGAGAUGUGAUACCCGAUUAUAGUGUGAUGUCUGUACUAGAUGUAGUAGAUAUUUUAAAGAAGCUUUAAAAUGGAUGUCUGCAACAUCAAUAAUAGGGGUACAAAUAGUUAUAGAAGUCGAUGCUUUUUAAAAAGUGAGAAUAUUUUUCGCAUUUUGCCCGCAAUACAGUCAAUCCACUUUGCAGUAUAUUCUGUGAAGUGCUUUGAGACAUCUCGAAGAUGUGAUAAGGUGCUAUGUCAAAUGCAAGGAUUAUUAUUAUAUUCUAUAAGGCAAAAUGGUCAAUAAUUUUUACUUUUUUCAAAAACUUAAUUGGAACUACAAAUCAGUUCAAUUUUCAAUUAUUGGUUAGAUAUAAUAAUAAUCCUUGCAUUUGAUAUAGCGCUAUGAAAUUAGUUUAUAAUAAGGGAGCCUGACUGAAAUUGUAGAGUUUCAACUAUUUUUUAAAAAAUCAGGUAUGAAAUGAUUUUCACACUUGCACUGGUUGGAAUAUUUCCAUUUAGUUAUUUUUGGUGAAAUUAGUAUCUAGUUAAACAAAUUCUCUAUCCUGGAGGAGAUGUAUGCGGUGGGGUUUAAAUGUGCACUUACUGGUGGGUUGUUAAUGCUACUGUAUCUAAAAACUAAAAAGUAAACUUAAAAUGAAUCUCAUUACCUCACCUCAGCUCAUCAACACUGGUUUUACUUGAACAGAAUUUGUGAAGAACAUUGAAUUCGUCAUGUAUAAAUUUAUAAAAGUUUAGUUUUAACUUUGUGAAAUUACUUGAAAGACAUAGGGUGAAUAAAACAAGAGCAGAACAAAAGAUAGUGCCUUGGCUUCCAUUCAAUAUUUUUUCAAAGUUUUAAUACGAUCAAGUCUAUGAAAGAUGGAGCACAGUGGUACACAUAAAUAUUCAGCAACAUUCAAGCUUUCUCAUUUGUUUCUGGGAUAUAAAGUUUCAAAACAAUCAUAAGGGGCAGAACAAAGAAAUAAUUGUUGGAAAAAUGUAGUUCAUGGGUUAGAAUAUAUUGAUUAAUAUAUAAAUGAGAAUGACAUGGUAUUUUCUUAGCUUUCACUUGGUGUGCAUAGACCAGUACUAUAUUGUAUAACUUGUCACAAUUUGCUUAGGGCAUGGUUUAAAUGUGCUUCCACUUGUGGGUUGUUAUUGCACUGUAUCUAAAAAGGAAUGAAACUUGUAUCUAAAGGCUUGAUUAUUGCACUGUUUUGGGGCUUUGAUAUUACAUUUGCAAUUAUUUCAGAAAAUAUACCAAUUAGAAAACAUUUAUUAUUAUUGUUCCAGUUUCUCAAUGCACAAUUUUUAUUUUUUAAAGGUUGGUCUAGAUAAUGUGAAUGAGCAAACUGCAAAUACAAAACAUUAUUUUAAUAUUAUUUGUUUGUUGCAAAAGUGCCUUUACAAGUCUUUUGCUGUGAAUUUAUCAAAUGAUUGAGCAAAUGGGAGCCUCUGUUGAUUGUGUGUGUGACUUUUAUUUGAAGUAAACCCAAAUAAAGAGUUUAACAAUAUGCAA